AUGCUCACCAUCUAUGUUUGCUUUUUGUCCUGGGAGCGUUACUUCAAAUUCUGGGUGCAAACUACAAUUGAGCGCACUGAUGUCCACAUUUCGGAAAUUCCCUUUCCGGCCAUCACCAUUUGCCCUACACAUUUGACAUUGAGCAGCUUGAAUAAUACAAAUACUAAGCAGCGAGAAUUGAGUCGUAUGAACCGUCUCUAUAACCUGAUCCAGAGCAUUCAAUUAAAACCCGUGCUUAGUGAAGAAGAAGUCGCCACGAAUUUUACGGAAUUUGAGGAUUACUACAACCAAUCCAUUUCUGAAUUUGGCAGCGCCCUUUUCCGUGGCUACCAGUGCAAGGAUUUGUUCAACAAGUGCAUGUGGCGACGUCGGGAGAUCGAUUGCUGCACCAUCUUUAAAACCUUUGGCUAUGGUGUGAGUUGUUACAUAUUCAAUUCAAUAUAUGGCAAAAAUGCGGAUCUUACAUAUCCUUGGUCAGUGGCCGGUUCGGGUGUCAAUAGCGGCCUCAAUGUCAAGAUGAAUCGCAACGUGGGCGUGCAUCACCUGGAGAGCGUUUUAGUUAUGGUGCAUGAGCCAUCGCAGUAUCUGGGUACCAAUCUCAUCUACACCAAAGAUGACCGCAUUGCGAUUCCUCUGCAACCUCAACGCUUUACAGCCGAUGACGCUGUUAGGGCUCGACCCAUGGAAAUGCGUUAUUGCUACUUCAUAGAGGAAAUGGAAAUGAAACAUCGAUUGCGUUCCGAGUGUGUAAAUAGCUGUCAUAUCAAGUUCAUGACUGAUAAGUGUAAGUGUUACAUUAAUACGAUCAUGGCACUCAAAGACAAAGACAAUAAUGCUAACCAGGAAACUUCACUUCGCCCUUGCGCUGUAAAGGAUUUGUCAUGUUUUAUCAAGUACAAAAUAUCGUUCUUUUCCAUGAGCAACACCAUCGAAGAGUCUAGAGAUUUUGUAUUCAAUACUACAGACUGCAAGUGUUAUCCCAACUGCAAUCACAUAAAGUAUCAUGCAUCCAUUUAUACGGAUCGUAUGGGUAACGCCAAGAACGAUGAUCUUAUAGAGGUUGAUGUUUACUUUCAAGAGGAGACCCUUAUCUCCUAUCGCUCCACGCUGCAAAUAGUUCUGCUCGAUUUGAUUGUUUCAUUUGGUGGUAUUGCUGGCUUGAUUUUAGGCUACUCCCUAUUGGGAUGUAUCAAUACCAUGUUGGAUCGCAUUGCCUUCUGCGCCAAGUCGCGAUCACGUUCAGCCGAUCCAACAGCUGCGUCUCACGCUUCCUCACGUUUACCUGAAACGGAUUUAAACAAUAUAUUUAUAUGA